AUGCCACAAGUGAGGCUCAGCUUUCUGCUCAGGGCAACCUACAACACCUUGCCAUGCCCUAGAAUCCUGCACCAGUGGUUUGAAAAAGAAGAGAGCUUUCCCCUCAGCAGUGCACCUCAUGCCAGCCUGCAGCACCUGUUGUCAGGCUACAAGACCGCACUGACACAGAAACAUUACAGAUGGCGACAUGAUCAAGUCCUGACGAAACUGGCCAGAGUCCUGGACAGCUGCAGACUAGAUGCCAACAAGCAGCCCACAGCCAGACAGUCGUCCAUCAGGUUUGUCAGGCAAGGGGAGGACAAAGGAGACACCAGUCGACAAGGUCCCCGGAGUGUCCUAUCUCAAGCAAGGGACUGGAGUAUGAGACAAAACAGCUACAGUUCCCCCCGUGAGAUUACCACCACAUCACUCCGGCCAGACAUCAUGCUCUGGUCUGCUGCUGCCAAGUCUGCCAUGCUCAUAGAGCUCACCAUUCCAUGGGAGGAGGGAAUCCAUGCUGCCUAUGAGCGAAAAGCAGCCAAGUACUCUGACCUGGCAGCUGAGUGCAAAGAGGCCGGCUGGUCCACCACCAUCUACCCUGUGGAAGUAGGCUGCCGGGGCUUUGUCAGUACAUCGACGACAAAGCUGCUUUGUGAUGUGGGAACAACUAGGGCCAAGCUCCGAAGAGAAACCAAGGCCCUCGGUGAGGAAGCAGAAAAGGGAAGCUUCUGGUUGUGGCUGAGGAGGAGAGAUAAGAAUUGGGGGUCAAGCUAAUGAGAUGGGUCAGCUGCAGUCUUGAAUGUGAGUCAUUGCUGACAUGAGUAAUUGGGCAGCUUCUUUGUCAUUUUAGCAAGGAUUAAAAGUAAUGCAUCAUCUGCAUACAUUUACGUAACAUUGGGGCAAGUAAAAUUAAUAUAGAGAGAAAAUAGAAUAGGUCCAAGUGUGGAGCCCUGUGGGACCCUCCACUCAUAUUGUUAGUCAGUGGUUUCAAAUGCCAUCUUCAGAUCUAAAACACAGCAUCAACACAAGCGUUCUUAUCCAGGACAGAUUUGCAGUCACAUGCAAUGAAUUAGACUUGUUGUGAAUGUUUAACAUAAACAAACAAACCAAAAAAAAAAUGGAAAUAAGGUUUGUUUGUUUUUUUAAGUGCUUUUUUGGUGGUCUUUGCACCAAAUUUUUAAUAAAAAAGCCAACAUUAUGUGAUAAUAUACACACUUAGACGGUUUGAAGGAGAAAAGGACACUCACAAACCAAAAGAUAGUGUAGCCAAGUAUUUUCUGCUGACACUGACAUCACUGAACAUCCUUUAUCUGGAGACUUCCUAUUCCUAAUCUGAUGCUGUGUAACGAGAUAAAUGUAGUUUUGCAGUAAGAUGAAGUUCUCUCUGUAAUCACUGAAGGAAUAAGACCAAAUGAAGAGGUAAAAAUUAAUAGGGAAACAUAUAUGUGUAGCUUAAACUGUGGAUUUCUGUGAAAAACAAUGAUGAAUAUUCAAUGGUUGAUGCAGUCAGUCAAGCCGCUCUAGAUAGUGACAGAUUUAAUAGUUAAUCUCAUUUGAAGGUGCUGAACACACUGACAAGGUGUAAUGACACAUUUUUCACACCAGAACAUUUGAUGUCCAUGUAACGCCAUCUGUAGACAUGUGAAGUUGAUAUACAUUGGCGUAUCUUCUGUACUUCCCAGCUGCUGCCACAUAUGGCUUACAGUUAUUUUACGAAUGUGUUCACCUGUUUUAUCUGUGGAAACAUACACAUGCCAUUUUCAGUGUGAGGAUUUCAGCGCAGCAGCUGGGUGAACACCAUAGACUGUAUAUACUAUGAACAACUUUGUUCCGCCUUCUGACAGUAUACCCAUUUAUGGCUGAAAAGCUCUCAGUAUUUCUAGGGUUUUUUCUCCACUAACUAAAACCAACAUUGUGUACAACACUGCGUUGUACGCACUCCACCACUUGCGCAGUAUUAUUGCACGCAUUUGGCGGGAGAGUUGCCUAGAGUCGCUGCAAUGACGCUCGGCUCUAACAGCGUAUCCCCCGAGUGAGCUACGCAAUCUUCGUACAUCUAUAGGCUUUAUCAAGUGUCAAUCAUAGAAAACAUGAACCCCCUAAUAACUUUUAAAAAUGGAGCUGUACAGAAAAAAGAGGACUUGAGCACAUACCGGUCUUACAGUAACUACAUGUCAACUUCGCAACCAGGGGGAAGAAAACUGUUUAUUCUGUAUAAUUAAUUUCUAAAGUUUGUCCACAACUUCAUAGAGAUUGCUGGAGGAGGCGGGAUUUAUGACCUAUACUGCAGCCCGUCACCAGAGGUUGCUGUUCAUGCGGUGGCUUCAUCCAGCGAGGAGGCAGACGGCGUCCAAUAUAUACAAUAAUAUACAGUCGAUGAUCUUGUACCUUGUAAGUAGCAUUGUGCACCCAGGUAUGGCUCUCCUAACCCUCAACAAGUAUGAGGCUUUCUCUGCAGCCAGACUUUCUUGCAGCUCUCUGAUGGCUUUUUUUCCCCAUGUCCUAGUGAUAGUCAAAGGGUUAUUUGCCUUGCAAAGUGACUUUCCUGCAAAGCUCCUUCCUGUUUUGUUCUCUUUUAGACACUGUUUAGUAUUCAUGUCCAAAUGUAAUAUUAUAUUGCAAUGCAAUAAAAUGCAGGUUUUCUUUCCCACAACAAACUGAAGCAAAAUAUUCAAUGCCCAUCCCUGGCUCUUAAAAACAUACAUUCCCUCUCUCUCUUUAAGUCAGGCAUGUCCAAACUGUUCCACAAAGGGCCAUGUGGCUGCAGGUUUUCUUUCCAACCAAGCAGCAGCACACCAAACUUGAUUCAUUUCAUUAGCUGAUCUCAGUCUUCGGACAGCUGAUAGGUCAUACUGCUGCUCUUGAUUGGUUGGAAGAAAAACCUGCAGACACACAGCCCUUUGUGGAACAGUUUUGACAUGCCUGCUUUAGGUCUUUUUUUGCAUCUAUAACCAACAUUUGCAUAAAAUAAACACAAAUGUGAACAGUACUUCUAAUACAGUCAAAAGUCAAUACAAAAAAAGAAAACAAUAGAAAUAUAUGCAUAUAAACACAUUGUACAUCCAUACUUUUAUGCAAUACUUAUAUGUGUAUAGAAACACAUCCACGUAGACAAAAAAGCUCCAGCUCCAUCCUGUGCAGGCAUUCUCCAUUCCUGAGAGUCUCAUGAGUUAUGAGUCCUCCUGUAGAAGCUCUCUUAUAUCUGCAGGGUUUACAAAGUCUUCAAAUGGUUUCCAGACAAGCUCAAAGGCAACCAACCUCUUUUUUUUAUUUUUUUUUUUAUAAAAAUCUUCCUAACAUCCAGGCACCUGUUGAAGGUGCAACAGUUUUCUUUCAGAUAAGAGCUGUUAUGAAUUUCACUUUAAGUAAAGCAAAGUAGGUUCAUUUCUAUUCUUUGGUUCUUGGGAUGCGAUUUUUCAGAGUCACACCAUAACUCCUCCAUCUUAAUGGACAACACUGCACACCCUAUCCCCGCCCAUGGCACACCUGUGCCACUUCAGCAUUUGGUGCCUUUUUACACUCUUAGGUUCUGAUCCACUAAUGUUUUGCGUGUAUAAAAACACAUGCAAACUUGAUAGCGCGCAAGUCCCCCACCAGUUUUAGUUGCAGAGGUUUGAUUAAAGGAAAGUUUUUGAUUUGUUGUUCUGAGGAUAUUUCCUAAAUUUAUAUUAGACUUGUAAUCGGCAUAUCUCCUGGUUUUGCUUACAAUACUCACCUUUUCACAGAUUUCACCACAAUAUUUCAUCCCUCCCAAAUCACGUUCCUUCUGGCAACACUGAGAUGUCUCUGCUGGAGUUCAUCAGUGUGUUUAUUUUCCUCUUUCAUUAAGACCUCCAACUCCAUGACUCAUUGACGGCCACUCUGCUCUCUCAAACUCUCCAUGGUGACAGCUUGUAGCACGCACAAAAUCCUCAUUCAAAGAGGGCAGUCUGCACCACUUCUGCGCCUGCUAAUAACUGCACAUGCAAUCGUUGAAGAUCACCUGUAACACACCCACUAAUAGCAUAUGCAAUGUGUUUGUUUGAACACGCAAUUUAGCGCUCGAUAUUUGGGAUCUUAGUAGAUCAGGCCCUAAACUGCCUCUCUCAUUUGCUUCCCUACUUGCUUUGAUAACUCUGUGAACAGCAUGGCCCAGUCUAAGGGAAUUUGAGUGGUUUCCUUUGGUCCUUCUCUUGCCUAGGUUUUUGGUCCCAUUUGAUGUGAGGUCUAACUGAUUAAAGACGUAUGACUUGGUUCUGGGCAAUUUGACGUUUCAAGUUCUCUGUAGGAAAUCAAUGUUGUGCUUGUUACGCUAACUCUGAAUCCAAGAAAAAGAAGAAAUGCUGGCAUCUUUCAUAAUCUAAAGACCAUAAACUUAUCCCAAUACACUUAUAUCUCUGGGUGCUUCUCUGAUUGUUUUCUGGGUUCUUAUUUAAAACGAAGUCAAAGUUACUCUGAGGGACACAGUCCAUGCUGUGACCCGAGGUACUCAGCAGUCACCCAACUACUGAUCUAGGCCGGCCUUUAAAGAAACCAAAAAUAAAAAGCUUUCAUGAUGAGUUUUCAGGAAUCUGCAUAAUGUUGCCCUUAUUUGAGGCAUCUCAUUUGUGAUGGUAAUUUAUGCAAAUUAGCCCAGAGCCAAAUAUCCCAGGACCACCAGAGGUUCACAGUGGAUUUGCCUUCACUGGCACAAACUGGCACAACAUGCCAAAUUAACUAGAGACACUAAUUUGGUCCUCAGGGCCACUGAUGUAAAAAUACUGGCUUCAGCUAGAGCAAAGGGGGAAAGGGUUUCUUUUGUUUUGUUUUACAGUGCAGUUUAUGGCAACAAUGAUCCUUGAUCACAUUUAUCUGAAGGUGUUUGUGAGGAGUAAAACUGUCACCUCAUUCACUGAGAUAUUCACAGUUCAACAUAUGUUGUCUACAUCGCACAUAACACCAUCUAAUGUCUUCAUAGUCUUCCUCUCAAACCAUGUACCCUUUUAUUCUUCUGGGUAAAUCACAAAGAUCACCACCCUUACUUGUUUUCCCCUGCUGGAGCUGGCACUGAAAAAGUGUAAAUAGUGAUGAUUUUUAUGUGAGAGAUUAUAUCACAUAUGAUUUCAGUUGUUUUAAGUGAGAAACUCACAUUUACUGAGAUUCUCUCACCAGAAAUAUGCCACAUUUCCUGUCUCUAUUAAAACAAACAUUAAAAAUUAACGUAAUAUGUUAUACUGCCCUAACCCCCCGAGAGUAUUGAUCACAAGACUGCACAUAUCAUCACCAUCCCAGUUAGUACUUUUGCAAGGAAAAAUAAAUCUCAAUGAGCACUUUUAUUCAAAGGCUCCAGAUCUGGUGCCCUGUGCUGUGUGUUUUGCUGUUUCAUGGUAGGGAGGCAGCAGAGGGAGCAGGAGUGCCUGCAGGCUCAGCAAAGUGAUGUAGCAAAGGCUUGUUCUGUCAUGGGAUUGGAGCUGGACUCCCUGGAGGCACAGAGUGGAGGGGAGGGCGAGUCCAAGAGGAGCAGCCUUUAA